UUCUCCUCCGGGCCGACUGUCUCCCAUAUUCCCCCUCCCGCUCCGUAGCAAGGGGCGGGCCCCGCAGGCGGGCGCGCGCGCGGAGCGGGGUCCAUGUGCCGUGGCCAGCGGGGCCCAGCAGGGAGCGGUGGUAGCUGGUGCCCAGAGCCCCGAGAGUCUCUGUUUGGAAGGUGAAUUCAUCGCUCCCUGGUUUGUCAGGGGCCCUAGUGGUGCUGAGACCUGGCACUGCCACAGCCGGCACCUGCGCCUCUGCCUGGCUACGGCACAGUGGGAAAUGACCACACCUAACAAGACACCACCAGGUGCUGAUCCCAAGCAGUUGGAAAGGACUGGUACUGUUCGGGAAAUAGGCUCUCAAGCUGUUUGGUCCCUUUCAUCCUGUAAGCCAGGCUUCGGAGUGGACCAGUUACGAGAUGAUAAUCUAGAAACUUACUGGCAGUCUGAUGGGUCACAGCCUCAUUUGGUGAACAUCCAGUUUAGAAGAAAAACAACAGUGAAGACAUUGUGUAUUUAUGCAGACUACAAAUCUGAUGAAAGCUACACCCCAAGCAAGAUCUCUGUCAGAGUAGGAAAUAACUUCCACAACCUUCAGGAAAUCCGGCAACUUGAAUUAGUGGAACCGAGCGGAUGGAUUCAUGUUCCUUUAACUGAUUCUCAUAAGAAGCCUAUUCGCACAUUUAUGAUUCAGAUUGCUGUUUUAGCCAAUCAUCAGAAUGGAAGAGACACUCACAUGAGACAAAUUAAAGUGUACACUCCAGUGGAAGAAAGUUCUAUUGGUAAAUUUCCUAGAUGUACAACAAUUGAUUUCAUGAUGUAUCGUUCUAUAAGAUGAAUCUUCUUAUGAAGAAACAAUAAAAGUGAUUUUGUUAUCA